UAUAGUGAACGGUUGUAACGUGCCUCGAAAUUAUGGUUGUAUUCGCUUUUAAAUUAUGUUUCCUUCCAUAAAAAUAUCUGAUUAUCGUUCUAUAAUCAACAAUCAACCAUAAUCAGUAGUUAGAAUCGGGCGAAAUGUGAUUUCAAUACAAAAACUUCUCUCUCAAAAAUUGACAAUUUUCAUGCUGAUUUUGGGAACCUGGAAUCCUCGUGACAAUAUGGUGCAGUGGUGGGCACUAAUAGCUACAAGUGCUAUGGUGGUCGCCACAGCAGCUGGCAAUGUCCUUGUAUGUUUGGCGAUAACAUGGGAGCGCCGACUGCAAAACAUGACCAACUACUUCCUCAUGUCACUUGCCAUCACCGAUCUCAUGGUCGCCAUCUUGGUUAUGCCGCUGGGCAUACUCACGCUUGUCAUUGGCAGUUUCCCGCUAGAACCGGUCUACUGUCUCGUUUGGAUCUCGCUGGAUGUUCUGUUCUGCACUGCAUCCAUAAUGCACCUGUGCACCAUCAGUGUUGACCGCUACCUCAGUCUAAGAUAUCCCAUGAAGUUUGGACGCAACAAAACAAGGCGGAGAGUCGUCCUCAAAAUAGCAUUCGUGUGGUUGCUGUCUAUUGCCAUGUGUCUUCCGCUGAGUCUGCAAUAUUCUAAGGACUACAACCAGGUACUAGUGAAAGGCGUGUGCCAGAUCCCAGACCCGGUCUACAAGUUGAUAGGCAGUAUAGUGAGCUUCUACAUCCCAUUGGGAGUGAUGCUGAUCACAUUUGCACUGACAGUACACCUGCUAGCCAAACAACAGCAGAGUCUGGGCGACACUAACUGCCAGUGGCUUAGCACGCCGCCGAUGGAGAGGGACACAGCCCGCCGAGCUACCUGGCGUCGGUUCCUGCCUCGUUCCGGUGACCGUGCUCCCAGAACGCAGCCAGCGGCCGGUGGACUAGUGGUUAGUGCCCAGAACGCACCGCAUCAUCACAGUUCGGCCGAAACGGAAAUGUCGGCUUUGGACACACACGACCUCUGGCUGCAGGACAACGAACCUCCGCCGCCGUCCGCCAUGUCUGCUCUGCACCAGUUUGGUGCCGAACUUUUGAAACUGAGUCGGGGAUUGGAAUCACUUCCGGUACCCGUAGAUCGGUCACUAAACGCUGAAGACGAUCACCACGUGACCAGCUCACCGCGUCCUGAGGACGUCAAAGACGAGAAGAACACCCUGAACCUCCUCACUUCCGGCAGCUCUCCCUCACUGAGACCUCCUCAUCCUCCUCCGCCACCUCCUCAACCUCAUGGCACCUCUUCACACUCACUACGACUUGUGAGGAAAGGAGCCUGCCGCAGGAGAACCCGUGCCUCGACAAUACACGUCGACACUCCCCAACGGAACUCCCUGAAGAGGACCUCGAUCGAGAUCCGGAAAAGGGUCACCAGCUACCAUGGACCCUCGAAUCGUUGGGGAACUAGUGACUCUUCCUCACCCGAAGACGCGAAAGACAAGGAGGAAGAUGAAAACCCUGAGAACUCAACCCCACCAAACCCCAAAACCAUAGAAUACAAACGCUUCGACAAUCAAAAUUCGAAAAAUAAUCUCCCCAGGAGACGGUACAGUCAUCCCCUGAACGUGCCCCUCGCUGGGUACAGUCACAGCAGAAAGUGUAGCAGGUGUAGGAAGCAUGUGAAGACUGAUCAGACAGGUACAACCAACCCCAAAACUUGCAGAAACCAGACUAGUGGUAGUGUCAAAAACUGUAAAUGUUACAAACAAAGUUGUCCAGGAUCUAAACGUGGUGGUAGUAAUAGUAGAGAUCCUACAGACUGCAAAAUUUGUACCAAAUGCUGUAGAGGAUCUGAAAUUGGCGGUGUUAGUUAUAGUGAAAACUCUAUAGACUUGAAAAUUGGUGUGGGAUAUGGAAAGAGGGAGAAAGAUGAUAGUGAGGACCCUAAAAGUGGGGACAAAGAUAGUAUGAGCUCCAAAAGUAGGGGCAAAGAUAGUACAUUCCCCAAAAGUAGAGAAAACGAUAGUGUAAGCCCCGAAGUUUGUACAAGAUCUAGUGUCAAAGAUAUUUGUGUAGAAUGUGAAAGUGGGGAAAAAGAUAGUACAAUACCCAAAAGUAGUGACAAAGAUAGAAGCCUAAGAGUUUGUACAAGAUCCAGUGUCAAAGACUGUAAAGAUCUUAGUAAAGACUCUCAAGAAGUGUAUAGGAGAGACAGGUUGAGCCCUAAACAGAGUAGCAAAAAGUGUUCAAGCACCAAGACUAUUGCCAAAGACUCUCAGGGGAGUUCUAAAGACUGUACAGUGUUCAAAAGUGAUAAAAAUGGUGAAAAAAGUGGGGAUAACACAUGUCAUGUUUGUAAAAAAGUUACCACGAGUGAGGAAGUGUGUAGUUGUCCAUAUUUAGAAAGUUUAUCGAGUGAAGAAAGAAUUAGAAAAGACUUAAAAGUGUUGAAAAUUGAUAGCAAAGACUGUAAAAGUGGGGGUUUGGAUGAGAAUGUACCUCAUAGUGUACACUCAAAUACUGAAAAAUCCCACAAUAUCCCCACAGAUACUGAAAUACCCCAAAAUCUUCCCUCCAGUGUUAACCCUUGUUGUGAUACACAUCAGUAUGAUCUGAUAAACUUGAGUGAUAGUGAUGAACGUGUAAUUAGUGGAAAUAUAGCCACAAAUGUAAAUAUGCCCCAGAUUGAUUCUUCCAGUUUUGAAAAACAUAGUAUUAUGAGAACUAGUGAUUUGAAAGAUAGUGAAGCAUCUCAGAGCUCCUCAAGUAUUAUCCAAAUUAGUAAAAAUGUUUCCCAAAAUAGUGACAAGUGUAGGCAUGUUUGUUUGGAACAGGAUAUCACAGUGAUUAAAAAUGAGGACCAGGGUAGUGGUAGUGUUCCCAAAAUUGUAGGGAAUGUACCAAAAUUUUCCUCAAAAGCAAUAAAUUGUACAUGUGAAUGUGGAUGUCAUACUAUGAAUGAAGACCUUUCAGGUGAAAAUUUCCCUGCAAGUACAAGAAUUUCUUUGAAAGGAAGAUGUAUUUGUACAAGUCUCAGUAAUAGAGACUUGAGGAAACGUGAUGUGCUUAGGAAGUCUGAGGAGAACCUCAAAGUAUCUGAACUUGAGCCUGGAAUGUGUGAAUGUCAUUCCAGAAUGUCUCAAGAUAUCACCAGAUUGUCUGAGAAUAUCCCCAGAACGCCCCAAGAUGUGACAAGGUUGUCUGAGAAUAUCCCCAGAACGCCCCAAGAUGUGACCAGAUUGUCUGAGAAUAUUUCCAGUACAUCUCAAGAUGUGACAAGGUUGUCUGAGAAUAUCUCUAGAGCAUCCCAAGAUACCACCAGAUUGUCUGAGAAUAUCUCCAGAACGCCCCAAGAUGUGACAAGGUUGUCUGAGAAUAUCUCCAGAACGCCCCAAGAUGUAACAAGGUUGUCUGAGAAUGUCCCCAGAACAUCACAAGAUGACACUAGAUUGUCUGAGUGUAUUCCUAGAACAUCUGGAGAUACCACUAGGUUGUCUGACAAUAUCCCUAGAACAUCGCAAGAUUCCAUAAGAUUGUCUGAUAAUAUCCCAAGAACAUCUGGAGAUACCACCAGAUUGUCUGAGAAUAUCCCCAGAACAUCUCAGGUCCCAAGUCCCAACCACAUUCCUCCAGCUUCCAAAUGUGCUUCAAAUCACCAAAAUUUGGACAACAGUGGUUUCCUAUCUGGCGACAAUCUACGCAUGGCCUACAGCUGUGGUGACAUUAGACAUAUGUGUUGUAGUGAUGACUUGGAACAGAUGUCCAGUGAUGAUUUCUGUGUGAAAAAUGUCAACAUCAGCAAAAAACUGCCUUCACCCCAUGAGAAGAGAGAUGCCGAGAGACAUUCCAUGAUGCUGCUUCCCCCACCCUGCCGGUGUCCGUACUUUGGGGAUGUGGAGGGAGAGAGGAAGGUAUCCCCCAACAGAACCAACGAAGUAGUCAUAGUAACCAGCACACCGCCCCAAAAAUCGCCUCUCCGCCGGCGCUCCAAACAAUACUCCCUGAAAACCUCCGAAUCCGAGGACAACACGGCCUCCACCGCCUCCACCCCUCUCCACUUCACCCCUCGUUCGGGACGCACCUCGUCCACCAUCACACUGGGCAGUGUGAAGCGGAAAUCCGAGUGUGAACCGGCCGCAGUGACAACGGUCGUCACCUGGGAGUCACCCGGCGUCUUCGGGCAUCGUCGUGGAUCGAGCUUCGGCAGCGCCGGAACCGCCCGAACUAUGGUGAUGACGUCAGAGACUCGCUCCAACCGGUUCAACAACCUCCGGAGAGCGGUGACCUUGAAGAUGCCCAAACACAAUGGUUCAAUCUUCGCUGCCACAGAACUCAGCAGGGUCUCCUCCACUUCUACACUAACCUCUAAAAACUCCAAGAUCCGUGGACCAUACUCCCGGAACUCUAGCAUUCUAUUCCGGACAUCCUCCCGUCAUGGACGGAUCAUCCGCUUAGAACAGAAAGCGACAAAAGUUCUGGGAGUCGUCUUCUUCACGUUUGUGAUCCUUUGGGCACCCUUCUUCAUCCUGAACCUUCUACCCUCGAUCUGUGGUGAUUGUGAGAAGGAUAUCGGGAAGGGUGUUUUUGAUUUUGCAACAUGGUUGGGGUAUGCCAGCUCUAUGGUCAACCCGAUAUUCUAUACAAUUUUCAACAAGGUUUUCAGACAGGCUUUCAAGAAGGUGUUGUUGUGUAAGUAUCAUAGGAAAGAGACGUGGAAACCUUCAAAACCCAAUAAGUAGGUAUUCAAUUAUUCAUUGAAGUUCAAUAUUUU